GCACAUAAACGAUCAGCUUACAAUAAUCCUAAUGACACUGAUGAAAGUGGACGGUGGUAAAAAAAUCACCGCUCGGCCGUGCCAGGUGUGCGGAGAGGCCGGUCGGCUGCGCUCGACUCUCGCCGGCCGCUGCACUCGGCCACUCCGCCCCGUCAUUGACAACCGGCUUUGUUUACGGGUAGCGGCUGGGCGGCCGGCGGGCGGGCGCGCGCAGUCGGUCCGCUCGCUCGCUGGCCGGCGCUCGGGCCCAUCAGUCGGCUCGCGACGCGCCCCCUGUCGACUGUCGGCCGCGCCGCGCGCCGCCUAUCGCCGCAUCAGCGCUAAUUGCCGCCAUUAAUAACCGAGCGCAGCGCGCCGCCGCCCGCCGCCAAUUAACGGCCCGGCCGCUCUGGGGGCACACGUACGUGAACCGCGCCGCCGACCGACGCCGUAAUUGAGAUGUGAUAAACGAGUCGUCAUUCGCUAAUAGAGUGUCGUCGGCGGCGGUCGGCGCGCGGAGCCGGAGCGAAGAGCCAGCGGACGGACGGAGCGACAGGUGGCGAGGGGAGAGAGUCACACCGGAGUGCAGAUCACAGAAAUGACUACGACGACGGCGUCCGAGUGUUCGGAGGGCGGCGGCGGCGGCGGCGGGGUGGUGUCGAGCCGCGCCGCCGCCCAGCUGCCGCCGCCGCCGGCGCCGGGCCGGCCGCUGUGGCCCGCCCACCUCGGCUCGGCCACGCAGGCUUACACGCCCUUCUUCAUCAACAACAUCCUGGGCCUGGCGCGGCCGCCGGCGUUCGGCCUGUUCGGCGCGCCGGCAGCCGUCGCUGAUGACGGGGAGGAGCCGCUGAACCUGACGGUGCGCGGCGCGACCGGCGACGGCGACGGCGCGCACCAGCCGGCCCCCGAGGCCGCAGAGGUUGCCGACUCCAAGCCAGCCGGCAAGGGCAGCCGCAAAGACCGGCCGUCCAAGAAGCGGAAGGAGCCGCCGACAGCGGGUCCCACCACUCCCGAGGAGGCCGAUGGCAGACGCAAGAAGGCGCGCACCACCUUCACCGGCCGGCAGAUCUUCGAGCUCGAGAAACAGUUCGAGAUCAAAAAGUACCUUUCGUCGACGGAGCGCUCGGAUAUGGCCAAGCUGCUGAGCGUCACAGAAACUCAGGUGAAGAUCUGGUUCCAGAACCGGCGCACCAAGUGGAAGAAGGCUGAGAACGAGGCUGCUGCUGCGGCCGCCGCCUCGGCAGCGGCGCCCGGCGCGGCUGCCCCGACCACGGGCGCUCCGAUCGCCGCUCCAGCCGCUGCCGACGCCAACACCACUGACAGUGCCGGUGCUGGUGACGGUCCUGGUGACGCCGCUGCUGAGAAGAGUCCGCGUCACUCCGACUCCGAGCCGCCGUCGGCCGAGACGGAGGCGGACAGCGCCGGCCGACAGGCCUCUCCCCACGCCGACAGCUCCCCGCUGACGGCGGCCAGCCCGGACCGUGCCAGCGCGUCGCCGGCCCGCUCCCCGCCGCCGGCCGACGCCAUUCGUGCCACCAAACCGCGCAACGGCAUCGCAAAGCUGGAGAGCCUGGUGUUCGAGCGAGAGAAGGAGGCGGCGCUCAACAACAACAAUGUGCCGACCGAGCAGAGCCGACAGUGCGCCGAGAGCUGAGCACACUGUCACCUGGUGGCCGGGUGGAAUAACUGAAGUUUGUUGCGCUGCCGCGGGGAAGCCGCGGCGCUGCGGUCGGUCCCGCGAUGGACCACCGCCUGCGUGGGACGCUGGAGCCAGCCAUUGCCUUAUUGUCGCUGGGAGAACGAUGACCUGCUGAGUGGCUCGAACUGGCCGUAUCAGUGCAGACCGAGGACCUCAGUGUGAGGCGGUGUGCCGAGAUCGAGCUUACCGAGCCGCCGUUUGUCUGUCUGUGUGGGCGCGCGAAUGUGUGUCAGGCUGUCGAUAGCCUGGCCGGCCGAGUCCGAACUUACAGCACUGAGACUGGCACCGGCCGGCCGAGCGGACGGGCGCGGUGGUACCCACUGUCCCUCCGUCUCCGGGUGUCGUGUGUACGUUAGAUGUCGGCGCGGGGCGCUGCAGGCUUUUGUACCCGCCGCCCAGCCUGGGGCUAGUCACCACUAGAGCUUAUCCGCGAACAUAAUCAGCUUGCCGGGCGAGUCAGGCGGUGUGCGAGGGUGACGACGGGACGGAACGCCAGUGGACUGUACUGGGCGGACAGGCGCCUGUUAUCCAGGGCGAGCUCAGAAGCGUGCCGGACCGCAUCCCUUUGAACGCCGCGCCGAGCAGGCUCGCCCGCUCAGGGCCCUCAGAAGGCCGUACAAAGCUCCUGGAUCUUUUAGCGACUGGUUCUCGGCCGUCAGGUGUGCGUGUCCGCCCGAUGGGUCCGCGUCAUAUUGUUGUCACGAUGUUCUGCGUUGAUUAUUUAAUUAUGAAAAUAAUCGCUUAGUUUGCAUGCAUGUGUUUCCGCUGUUCGGGUGUGUGGCAGUGGAAAGGUGGGCGCUUAAACCGAGAAAAUAUACGAAUAAACGUUA